GGCCCCUCUGUGAAGAGAGUUUUAGCGGCGGAAAAAUGGCGUCCGAUAACGAAGCCUCUUGCGCGAGUGACCCAAAUUUCGCCGUGAUCUGCUCCUUCCUCGAGUGUUUCGGCAAAUCCUGUGGCAUAGUCUAUCCGGACAUUGCGAGGUUACAAGAAAUGAUCGAAAACACACAGGAAGUACCUCAACAAUUAGUAGAUUUACACAUCAAAUUACUAAGAAAAACACGUAAGACAGUAUCCCCUGAGAAAUGGGAGCGAGCAUUGGUCAAAUUUUGUCAUACGUAUUCGAAUCAGGAUGGGUGGGAACUCGAACGUUUUGGUUACAAGAAAGCUCGUAUUGCUGUUAAAUUACGUCUACUUAAGGUACUCUUGGAAACACAGUUCGAUUUGAAUCAAAAGUUUAAAAAUGAAGUAAAUAAGCUCGCAGCUGAUGAGUUACGUGUGGAACCAUUAGGGAGGGACAAAACUGGAUUAGCCUAUUGGUGUCAGCUCGAUGAAGAGUGUAAUAUUAGAGUAUACAGGGAGGAUUUAGAUGAGGAAAAUUGGGAACUAGUAGCUAAAGAUCGGGAUGGCGUUGUUAAUCUAAUAAACACUCUGUCAAAUGGUGAAGCUGAAUCGAUACCAAUUAAUGAAGAUAGUAAUAGCUUAGAAAUUUCUGAGAAACCUAUAAUAGACACUGGCCAAAUAACUACAUCACCCAGUUUGGAAGGAGAUGAAGUUAUACAAGAAAAUGGCACUCAUAAUGAUAAUUUAGAAGAAAAAGAUGAACAAAAAGAUGAUCUUGGAAAUGUUGAAGAUAAUCGAGAACAAAAUGAUAUUAUCGCUGGUCAAGAUAAUGCUGAAGUUGAGAAUGAAGAGGAAGAAAUAGAUGAGGAGGAGGAAGAGGAAGAAGAGGAAGAGGAAGAAGAAGAAGAGGAGGAGGAGGAAGAAGAGGAUGAAGAUGAUGAUGAAGAAGAAGAUGAAGAAGAUGAAGAUGUAACCAAUGAUGAAAGUUCCAAACAAAAUACUGAGGAAGAUGAUUCUUUAGAGGUAGCACAAGAUCAAGUUACAAAAUCAAAUGUACAAUCUGUAAGUCCUGCAAAAGUGAUUAAUGGAAAUGCUCAUAUACUAACGGAGAAAAUCCAUGAAAAGAAAACCUUAGAACAAACCAUUGUAUCAUCUCAUGCACCUGAUUCUAAGCCUUUAGAAUCUGUCAAAUCUGAAAAUUUAACGAAAUCGAAUAUCAAUAAAAUUACCAAUGAAGAAUUAGUACCUUUGAAAUCAAUAGAAACACCUGUGAUCACUUCUCCUCUUAAACUUGUAAAUAUUGCAGAUUUGAAACAGGUGCAGGAAGAAAAGAACGCAAAUCAUAUAUUGCCUAUUAGUACCCCAAUACAUGUAUCUAAAAAGCAUAAUACUAUGGAGGAAACAACAGAAUCUGUAAUGAAAUCUUUAGAAAAAUUAUCUGGUAAAAAUAGCAUUUCUUUUACAUCUACAGAUAUUACAUCUGGACACAGUAAAUUGUCCGUUAAACCAAUAGAUCAAUUAGCUGCAAAUCUUGUAAGAAUGCAAGCUGAAAAACUUGAAAAGCCAAGUGGUACAAAGUCAUUGGAAAAAAUAGCAGAGAAUCUAGCAAGAUCUGGGGGUAUGCUUAAUUCUACAAUCAAUGGAGAUGAUGACAGAUUACCACAAGAUUUUUGUCCAAGAAGUCAACCUGAGAAACCUUCUAUACUUCGAGGACAUAGAGGUAUGGACUUAUCUACAUCACCUCGUGGUUGGGAAAGUAUGAAUGAACAAAGUAGUCCUAUGGAUUUUUCGGGAAUUGAUCUUUCUAGUCGAAAAUUCACCAAAAGUAUGGAUUUAUCUACACCUGGAUACAGAUCUCAAAAUUUUCAACACAGAGAAAUGGAUUUGAGUACCAAAAAAUCAAGCAAACCGGAUGUGCAAAAUCUAUCCUAUGAUGCUAGAGCAGUAAUGAUGCGUAAUCAUGCUAUGGUAGCAGAUUUAAGUAAACGACAAAUGCCGUUUACAGCUUAUGAAAUGUCUGCUGCUGCAUAUCACACCUCUGCUAGAUUACCUCCUAAAGAAGAGCAUAGAUUACCAAGCUAUGCAUUACUGCCAGAUCCGAGUAAAAUAACAGCUUUACGAAUGGGUCCAACUUCUAUAAAAAGGCCAUUAGAGGGGGAUGAUGCGCAGUCUGAUAUUUUAAAAAGAAUAAGGGCAGAUGUAAUACCUAUUAGAGGAUCCAUUGAUAAAAGAACAAUGCUCAAUAGCAGUUGGAGAGAAGAAACAAGUGAAGCAAUUGAAGAACCACUAAUGAUGGUUCAAGGUGAAGGAUCUGGUAGUGAUUGUGAUGCUGUCAAUCCUGGGAUUGGUGAACCUGUAGAAGAACCCGUUAUGUUUUUCUAUGGCGAAGGUUCUGGAGUUGAAUGUGAAACAGGUAAUCCUGGUGAUGACACGUCAACUGAUAAUAAAGAAAGCAACCAAUCAAAAAGUGAAGCUGACUCGGCGACUGCUACUUUAUCUUCAAGUGAAAUCUUAAAUGAAGAAAAUCUUAUAAAGGAAGUUUCAACUGCUUCUAUGGAGACAAGUAAAAACUCUGUAAGAUUAAAUAGGAAUUAUUCCCAAUCUACUGUUGAUAUUAAUGACAGUCAAAUAGUAGGCUCUACACAAGAAAAGCCAAAAUUUAAACCAACUCUGGGCGUUCAAAUAAUUCCGAAAAGUACAAGUGGUUCUGUUAAACGAUUAUCGAGGUGGGAUGUAGGUAAACCUGCAGAAAAAACAGAGUGUGACAGUAGUAUCAUAUCAAAUGAAGAAGACAUAUCACAGAAGGAACAGUAUUUUCCCAAAGAAGGCACUAGCGAUCAGAAAUGUAGCAAUAAAGAUGAAAACACUUUACAGACAAGUGAAGAUUUAUCUUUGUCAAAAGUUGGUUUUGAAUGCCUUUCUAGCACAGAUAAUUUAAAUGAGAAAAUGAAUGCAAAUUCUUUCAAUGAAGUUAGUACGCUAGAUCAAAAUAGUAUAGAAUCUAACAUUACUGAUACAGAUACAAUUGAUAGUAAUUCAAAAAAAUCUAAAGAGAAUUCUAAGUUAUUGGAAACCAUACAAUGUGAUUCCUCUAUAUCUUCAUGUCAGGCAGAUACUUCAGAAGGUUUUGAGUCUAGUACAAAUACUAUGCUUGUACCCUAUUCAUUAAGUGGUGAAAAAGUCUCUACAAAUGUGUCAGAUUCAACUAACAUAGUUACACAAAAUUCCGAAUUUUUACAUAAGAUAGAUAACGAGUGUAAACCAAAAUCUGCAUCACCACCAAGAUUUUUUUUUGGACCAAAUUGCAUUUCAUAUACUUCAAAGUCUGUAGAUUUGGAAACUCAAUCGGAUCAAAUUGUCACAACAUCAAUUCAAUGUAAAUCUGACACGUUACAAUAUGAAUGUGUUUCAUCUUCCAAACCUUCGGAAGAUACACUUUUAUCAUAUAAAUCAGAAGAAUUUGAUGUUACUCAAACAAAUAAUAAUUCAUUAAAAGCAAGUUCGUUUGAUUCUCAUAAUAUAUAUUGUACAAAUGAUAAAAGAGAAAAACUGGAGGGUUCAAGUCAUACAUGGAACUCAAAUGAAGAAAAUGUCAACAAUGCCAUUGAUGUACCAAGAACAACUACUCAAAUAGAUGAAGAUUUACAAUCGAACACUGUACAAGAAUCUGCUUAUGCUAAUAACAAAGAAUCAGAAGAAAGUAUUGUAAAAGUUGAAAAAUCUGAGGAUACAGACGUUAUUUCACAGUCUUUUAUUACUAAUAAUAUAAAUGUUACAUUAAAUACAGCAGAAUCAUUAACAGAUAGUUCUGAUCUUCAGCAUAAAAAGAAAAUUGUAAAUGAUAAUGAUAUAAAAAUUAAGCAUAUGGCACAACACAGUGAAAACACUAUAACUGAUCAAUUGAGAUUUAUAGAUGAUAGAUCUUAUCAAUCAACAAAUGCUGAAAAGGAUGUCAAUCUUAAUAUAUCAGACAACAUACAAGAACACGUAGAACCACUCAGUACUUACUCUGAGAAUGAAGCUGAACAUAAAUCUUCCAAAGAAGAAAUGUCUCAUCAGGUUAUGGAAAAAACAGAAUCUGAACCAUUAACAGAUAUAACAACUGAGCAUACAAUGUGUAUGUCACCAUCUAAUAAAGAUCAGAAUCAAGAUGUACAAAUGGAAUCUAAAAAUGUACAGGAAUGUGCAUGUGAGGAUAAAACUAAUAAUAUAGAAUCUACGGAUUUAAUUUCAUCUCCAAAUUUCCAAGAAGUACACAGUUCUGCUGGAAUACAAGAAAUAGAUCAUGUUUCUGAUGAAUUUCAAGCUCUUAAAAAAGACGAGGUAGAUUUAGGUAGAGAAAGUUACGAUAAACACAGUGAUAAAAACGAUAAUUUAUCUGAAUUUGAUACACAAGAGGAGCAAUCAAUGGAUACUGAUACUGAAAAAAUGAAAGGACAAUUUAGUUCGGAUGCUGAUUCAAUGUCAGUCAAUUAUGAUAAAAAUAGUGAAAGAAAUGAUACAUUGUCAGAUUUAGGAGUACAAGAUGAAGGUUCAGGAGAUUCAGAAGAAAUUAAAGAGAAACACUUAACCAAUUCUUUUGUCAAAACUAAUGCUUCUGAAGAUAUUCCUGAAUCUGACCUUGUUGAUAAUGCAACUGUUAGCAGUUCUGCAUGUAUGCAAGAAUAUAAUAAAGAAUCAUUCGCUUCUGUUAUAAGUAGUUCGAACGAUGCAUCCGUUCAAAAUAUAUUUUUGCAAGACAAUACCAACAUACCAAUAGUAUCCCAACAAAUUGAUAAUCCAUUUUCAGCUAAAACAAGUAAUAGUGCAUUUAAUGUAUUAGCACCGAUAGUAUCUAAUAUUUCUAUUAUGAAAUCUGCAGAAACAAGUAAUAUACCAUCUUUAAAAGAAAAUUAUUCAUCUAGUAUUGAUCAAAAUGUGAAUGAAUAUGCUGAUGAUGUAUCAGAAAAUCCAAGUUCUUGUAUUGAUCAAGAUUCAAAUGAAGAUAUGAUAAUUGAUGACAGAAUGUCAGAAUCUAAUGAAUCCUCAAAGGAAGUGGAGGAAACUUCAUCGAAUGGUGAAAAAUUAGUAACACCACCUGAUCGUGAAAAAUCAACAGUUUACAAUGAAAAUUUGUUGAAUGAUCAAAAUACAAGAAAGGAAGAUAAUUUUUCUAUGCAAAAGGAUUUACCUCCUAUCACAGAAAAUCAGACAAGUGCACUAAAUAUUUCUACAGCAAAUAAUAAGGAAAGUAAUUCCCCUAUUAUUGUAGAAAUUGUUGAACAAAAAGAUUCAAAUAGUAAAACAAAUGAUAAAGAAAGUGAUAAUGUACAAAUAACUGAAACAUAUACAGAGAAAUCUGAAACGGCCAUAAGUAAUAGUAGUUAUGAAAAUACAGAUGUAAAAUUAAAAGAAGAUAUGGAUAAUACUGAAAAACAAAAUGUUGUACAAAAUGCAAUAAAUUUAAUCUCAAAGGAAUCUGAACAAAAUUCAGUUAAUAAACAAUCUUUAGUGGCAAAUUAUGAUAGUAAUGAUUCUAAUGAUGAUGGUAGUGAUGAUGUUUUUGAAGCAGACACAUUAGAAGAAUAUGCAUCUACAGAUAUUCCUAACUGUUCUGUAGAAGAACAUCCAGUAAAUGAUAACAAAAUUACAAAAAGCACAAACAUUGAACAGGAAUGUAUAAAUGAAAAAAGUUAUACAUUAUUUGACGAGCCACAACAAUUUGUACAGAAUAAAGAAGAGUUAGAAUCAAAUUUACAAGUUGAAACUGAUAAGGUUUCUACUAAAAAUGAAGUAGAAAAUAAGAAGGAAACGUGUAAUGCUAAUACAGAAAAAGUAAAUGAUAUUUUCAACAAAAGAAAUACUGAAGUAAGUAGUGAUGAUAUUAAAUGCAGUGACAUAAGUAAAAAUGAACAAGUAAUCAGUACAUUGAGUAAAGAUGAAUAUGGGGAGGAUAUAGAAUUACAUAAUAUAUCUUCUCUUGAUAGUUCUAGCAAACUAAAUAAUACUACAUCAACAAUACUGUCAUCAUCAUCAGAUCAUUCUCACUUACAAACAUUUGUAAAUGAAAAAACUCAAGUAGAUGUUCAAAUUACUUCUAAUCAAAUUGUCAAAGAAUAUGUGAACAAUACUCAGAACAAUAAAAGCAUUUUAGAUGAAACCACGAUAAUAAAAUUACAAAAUGAAAAUAAGGCUUCUACUCAGUCAGUGAAAGAUAUAGAUAACUUUGUGUUUGAAAAGUUAGAUAGUAAUAAAAAUACAGACAAUACAGAACAUACUGCUAAUUUAAUACAAGUUCAAAAAAAUAUUGGAUCAGGUGACAUAGAUGAUCAAUCAACAAAUAUAUUGGAUCAUUCUGUAAGUGUUACGGAUCAACAAGUUAUUGAAAAAAUAAACGAUAAAGAUAAAAUUGCUAAAAGCAAAGAAAUGAUACUGCAGGUUGCAGAAGUAUUACCAAAAUCGCAACAGUAUCAGGGAUUAAAAACUGAUUAUCUAGAAAAUGAAAAUGAACAAAAUAAGUUUGAAACAAAAGAGCAUAACUACAUUGAUAAUUCUGUAAAUGAAACUACUACAGCUGAAAUAAUUAAUCAGUCUGUAUCAAAUACUUCUACAAUUAAAUUAGACAAUGAUAUACAACAAGCAUCACAAAGUUAUGAAACUCAUUCAUUAAUAGUAGAAUUGAAAGACAGUAAUCUUUCUGAUAAUAUGAAUCAUACAAAUUCCAUUGCUAAUAAGCCAACUGUCUCUUAUGAUAUAAGCGAUGAUAAAAGUAAACAGACUGAUUUUAUUAAUAUUUCCAAUACAAAUAAGGAUAAUAUUUAUACCAAACCUGUACUCAAUAUACAAAAUACUAUAGCAACUUGCACUGGACAGGAAGAAAUAUUUGAAAAAAAAGAAGUAUUAGGAAUUAUAAGAAAUGAUUUUAAGAAAGAAGGUAAUAAAAGAGCAAGUGAUAACUCAGAAGUUGAAGACGUUCCACCGUUAAAAUCUAAACCGCCUUAUAUAAAACCUUUUGUAGAAACUUUAUCUACUGACAUAAAGUAUAAUUCGCAAUUGGAAACAAAAAUGGAAACUGUAAUUGAAAAGAAAGAAUUGAAACUUGAAGGCAACAUACUUAACAAAGUAAAUGAUUCCUUAACAAUACCAUCUAUUGCAGAUACAUACAAUGUAGUUAUGAGUAAUAUUGAAGCUGGAGACAAUUUUAAAAAUGAUGUUUUACCAAAAGAUAAUUUAGAUUUGAAGAAUAAAAAGGAUCUUUCAGAAAUUCAAAAUGUUGAGGUAAAAACAGUUACAGCAUCAUCAGAUGAUUCUAUAGGAGCUGAUCAUGAAAAUGUGUUUGAUGCACCAUCAGAAGAGCCUGAUCCACUAGCAUGUACUGAAGAUGAUGCAUUAAAAGGUUUAAAUAUAAACAUUGGUGAAGACGGUGCUAAUGCAAAAAUAGGUAUUCGUGUUAAAUCGGUUUCUGAACUCGUAUACGAAGGUUGGAAAUUGGAUGGUACAGAAACUACAAAAGUUUCACGAAAACGACGUAAUAGCGCACAAGAUUCGAAUUCCGAAGAUUUAGGAGAAAAACAAGAAGAAGAAGAAGAAAUGAUGGGUGGUAAAAGAAUAAAAUUACGUGCAAAACGUAUACCAGAUAAACAAUUGCGCAAAUCAGUCGAAGAGAGUCGCGUUGUAACUAUAAGUUCAGAGGAUGAGGCUGUGAAAUGUAAAGUAGCAGAAGAUAAUAAAGAUGGUAGUGAUGAUCCUACAAUUAUGCGUUCUGUUCCAAUGGGACGUAAAAAUAGGGGACGCCCAAAAGGCAGGAGACGACGUUGCAGAGGCGGUGGACGUUCACGUCCAAAACAUUCAGGAGGAGUCAGUAUAAACCAAACCUCAGAAGAAUCUCCUAACGUGCAUCUUGAGGGAACACCUACCAAUGCUUCUUCAUUAGAGACAACACCAUCUUCAUCUCAAAAAAAGAGAAAGAAAAGAAAAAUGGUUUUGGGUUUAGAAAUAGGAAGAGAUAUUGCACCUGAACAACAAGAAGGUGUACUACAAGGUGAAACACCUGUUAGGCAAUCAAGAAGAAUUGCCCAAUUGAAGAUUAAAGAAGCAGCAGAUAGAAGGAGAAUUGAAGAAGAAGCAUUAACUGAAGUAAAAGAGAAAAAGGAAACUACGGAUAAGAAAAAACGAAGAAAAAAAAACGAAAGUGAAGAAGAAGUUACAAUGAAGGAAAUUGAUAAAGAUAUAAAAUCUAAACGAAAACGAAAAAAGCGAAAAAAGAAGAAAAUGCUUGCAAAAUUUAAUGAAGCCAAUCCAUGGCAAAGUUCGUCUGGUUCCAGUAGUGAUGAUCUUGAUAAUGAAGAUGAGGAUGAAGAAGAAGAAAUAGAAACUGAAGGAUCUUUACUUUUUAAAAGUGAUCAUGAAUUUUCUCCCGAAAGUGAUCUUGAGAAGGAUCAAGAAUCUGAGCCAUUAAGAAGAGCUAGAACUGCUCAAAAAGGUCAAAGUGAUGUUGAAGAAGCAGAUGAUGAAUAUGCUUGUCAAAAAUGUGGCAAGGCUGAUCAUCCCGAAUGGAUUCUCUUAUGUGAUUCUUGUGAUAAAGGAUGGCAUUGUUCUUGUUUGAGGCCUGCACUCAUGCUGAUACCAGAAGGUGAUUGGUUCUGUCCACCGUGUCAACAUAAUAUAUUGGUAUCUAAAUUACGUGAAAGUUUAAAAACAUACGAUCAAGUGACGAAACGUCAUGAAAACGAAGUAUUAAGAAAAAAGAGGCUGGCCUUUGUUGGUAUAAGCUUAGAUAAUGUAUUACAUAAAAAUGAGACGCAACGCCUUCAAAAGGAUAUAAAAGAGUCAAGCCAAGAAUCUGAAAAUGAUUCUUCAUCUGAACAAUCAUCAUCGGCUUCAAGUUCGGAAACAUCAAGCAGCGAAGAAAGUGAACCUGUGUAUCAAUUACGAGAAAGACGAUGUGCAAAUACUUAUAAGUUCAAUGAAUACGAUGAUAUGAUCAAUGCUGCGAUUCAAGAUGAAGUAGAAGCUGUUCAAGGUGCUGGUAAUCAAGGAAGAGGUAAAGACAUUGCAACGAUAGUUAAUGCAGAAAAGGAGGAAGCACAGCUUCAUCAACAAGUUGAAGGACUGCAGAUGAAGGGCGUAGAUGAAGAUAAAAACGAUUUAGAACAAAAAUCUGAAAGAGAGAGCGACGAGGAAUAUAAGGUAGAGAAGGAAGAAGUCGAUGAAGAUGAAGAGGAACGGAAAAGAGUUACUAAACGUUUAUUAGCACGAAGAAAACAUCGUAAAUUGAAUAGCUUGGAUAUAAGUAGUGAGGAUGAUCCAGAAAGCGACGAAGAUUUCAAAGGAACUAGUUCGGAUGACGAAGAAGAUUUUGAUGAUCAUAUGACGUCAUCAGAUGAAAGUAGUUUCACCGAUUCUAGGCGUCGUAGAAAGGGAGAUUCGCGUCCAGUUAGAAGGUCUACUAGAGCCAGAAUAACGACUACUUAUGAUCCAGAUUUCAUUAAUGACGAUAGUGAAGAGAGCGAUCGCCCAAAAAGGAAAAAGUCUCGAUCCAUGUGGGAAAAUUCGGAUAGCGAAGAUAGUGAUAAUUCUUGGAGACAAAGAAAGAAAAAGAGUAGAACUAUACCAACUUCAAGAUAUAGGACAACUUCAAAAGUGAAAAGUAAAAAGAAGAAAAGGAGGAAACGUAUAAUAGAGUCAGAUAACCAAAGUGAUAACGAGGAGGAAGAUGAGCCAAGAAGCAAUGAUCAGGAUGCAUCUGAAAAUAUGAAUGCCGUUAUUCAGGAAGGUGAAGAAGCGACACCUACUAAAAAUGAAAACGAAGAGAAUAUUGUUAAUCUUGAAAAUAUUGAAAAUACUGAAAAUACGCACAAUACUGAUGAAAUGAAAACAGAGAUAAUGGAGAACGCCGUGGCAAAUACAGAUUCAUUGGUUCCUCCGCAACUUGAUGAAAUUGCAGCCCAAAAAAGGAAAAAAGAAAGUACACCCAAACAGAAGAAGGCUCCAUCUAUUAGACGAAAGAUUAUAUAUGGUGGUUUACCAGAUGAUAAUUAUAAACAAGAGGAAGAAGAAAUAUUAGAUAGACGUAGUCGUAGACGAGGCCGUAAAAUCAAUUAUCAGGAAGCAACAGCAACGGAUAGCGAAGAGGAAUUAAAAAAAGCUAUAAGAAAAACUGUGGAAAGUGAAGACGAAUUUGUUGUUAACGAAACAGAUGACAUAAAUGAAGAUGCUGAAAAAGAUUCUGAUUCAGAUAUUUAUACUCCUAAAAAAGAAGCAACCAAAUUCAAAAAUAAAUCGCCAAAAAGUAAAAAGCCGAGAAAAAGUAAAAGUCCUGCGGCAAAGCGCAAAACUAUGGUUGAUGGAGUUCCGAAACCGAGAAAGAAGCCUGGACCGAAACCUGGAAGCAAAAAUAAAGCUCGAAAACAGAAACUAUUGAUGGGUUCGGUAAUAAGAUCGACAGAUGGUCAGCAUCUAGAUGAUAAAGACGUUCUAUCUCAUACAAUGGAUAAUCCAAUGGGAGAAUUAACGUCGAAAAUCGACGAAGGUCUUCCGGAUAAUGUCGGAUUGACAGGUACAACGAUGUCAGUAGCUAGUUCUUUUACUGGAGACGUGCCAGAAGGUUCAUUGGGUGGUCUUGGGCCUGGAGAAUUGGCAGAUCUAGAUGAUGAACAAUUGGAACAAAUAAUGAUGGAAGAUGAAGAAUAUGGUAGACGACAAUUGGAGUUGGCGGCUAUCGAGAUAGCGAAAAAAAAGAAGAAGGAAGAGCGAGAAGCAAAAAAAUUAGAAAAGGCACGGUUAAAAGCGUUAGAAAUUCUAGCUGCUGAAAGGCAGAGAGAUCCGAACGCUCCCGAAGGAACCGAUGGUGAAGUACCUAAGAAAAAGAAACGGGGUCGUCGUAGCAAAGCCGAAAUAAUUGCCGAGCAGAUGAGAAGAGGCGGGGCUCCGGCUUUGGGUUCUCCUGGAUUAGCAAACACGAGUCCAGGUGUUAUGGCAGCCAAUAGCAGUAACAUGAUUGGAUUGGAUGUAACGAGUAACGUAUCACCUAAUAUAAAUCCUAACUUACCCACAGUCAUCACGCCUGAGGCCGACAGGACACCAGAAGGGCAUAUUCCAAUGAUGACAGGACCAGACGGGCAGCUCUUCAAUCCCGACGGAACGCCGAUGAAGCCAAAGAGGAGAGGUCGUGGCAAGGGUAAGAAAACUCUUGCUCUCGAAGCUGCCAGGGCCGCGGAAGCAGCAGCAAAAGCCGCGGCUGAAGCUGGUUUGCUCGGCAUGGGCACGGAUUCGAAUCCAGAAGUUAAAUCGAGCGAUAUCCCAAACGUACUUCCCACUCCAGGUAGCAGUACUUCCGGCUCGGCACCGUCCACACCACCAGCGAGCGGCGUACCUACGCAGUUGCCACCUUCGACGCAAGCGAACGCGCAGUCUGUCUAUUCGUCUCUUCCGCCCGGUCAACAGUCUUCCGUGAUCACGAGGAUGCUCCAGUCACAACCGGUGUCGUCAAAUAAUCCGCAGUCGUUCACAGCAGCGGCUGCUGCGAUGGGUCAUAAAUAUUUCGGUGCUCCCAAUACAACUGGACAGAUGAUGACAGGUCCACGAACCGGUUAUGAGAUGCAGCCACGCGGUAGGAUACCUUCGCCAUACAGACAGCCAGGACAAUCUUCCAUGCCACCUCAUUUUGCGGCCGUAAGAUCUGGCACACCUCCAAUGAGAAUGAGAGUUCCAGGGCCGCAAAUGUAUCAUACGCCUCACCAUCCUAUGGAUCCCUCUCCGUCGGGUGGUGGUCCUAUAUCCAUAAGUAGUCGAGACCGAAGUUCUCCUUUGGCACCGGGUCCUCCACCCAUGAUACCACCUGCGGCCGGUAGUCCAUUAGCUAAAGGUGGACCAACGCCACCUCCGCCUCCACCUCCUUACGUAAGAGGCGGUCCACCGAUCUCCAGGUUUACCGAUAAUCCUAUGGGACCGAGGCAUCAAAUGCCACCAUUUACGAACGCCUCACCGGUUAACCAUGCGAUGCAACAACCUUCUCCACCUCCAAAUAGACCACCAGGAAAUUUCUCGCCGUAUCAUCCACCUCCGCCACCCAAUUAUCACUACGGUGCCUACCCUCCUCCCCCGCCUAUGUCUACAGCGGAUGAUGCAGCUGCUUAUCAAGGCUCGCCCUAUCCUACGGAACAUUUUUCGUCUCCCGCGGACAAUCAGCCGCAGAUUCAAGCGCCUCCGCAACCACAACCUCCGCAAUCUCAACCACCCCAGCAACAACAGCAACCACAAACGCACCCUAAUGACCCGGCUGCUGUAGCAAAUAAACAAUACGAUGAGGAGGGUACUGGGGAGUUUGGCGGUUUGGUAUCUUAUUUCAGUAGCCAGAGGGAGGACGAUUUGGAUUCGUAGCAUGAGUGAAAUCUUGGCCAACCCUAAAGCGUUUUUUUAGUAUGAAUCCUUUGUACAUAAUGUACAUUUGGAUUCUCCUUCUUAAAGUGAUCGCGACUCUUGCUUAGGAAGAAGAGUCUCGAGAGAGACACUGGUUUCUGGUAUCCUAUUGAUAUAUUUUAGCCCGUAGACACCAUCGUACUAAUCAACCCUUAUCUUACGCUCCUUGUUCCUGAAACUUCGAAGAAAUGACAGACACAGCUUGAAUUUUUUAUUUGUUUUUGCCUUCGGUUAUUUGCUAAACGAAGCAGAUUUAUCUGUUUAAUCGAUAUGAUACUUUUCUCUAAUAUAUUUUAUUUUAGCGUAUUCACUCGAAAUAUAAUAAUAUCGUGUGAUAUAAAAAUAUUGAUAUAUAGCGACAAGAUCAAAAAUUGCAAUAAUGAUCAAAACAAGGAAUAUACAAUACGCGGAAGAUUUCGGAAUUAUUUUGAUUAAAAUAUAUCAUUAUAAAUCUGCUUCAUUUGGCAAGUAAAAAUGAAACUUCUGUGUCUGUUUAUGAUAGACGUUCGAAAGGAAAUAAUUUCAACUAUUUUCAUUUGAACGUCAUCUGAUUCGUCGUACGAAUUGUAUCAAGAUAAGGGUCGAUCGUAUGAUGAAAUUCGUAUUAUAUGAUUCUUAAACUUGUAGUUACGGGUUAAACGUAGUUGUAUCAUAUUUGAUACAUCAAGAUGCUCGAAAAUGAAUUGAUGGAAGUAUUUACAUAAUGUAACGAUAUAAUACUGUCUAGUGUUGUUUUAUACGCGUACGUUAACGUCUAAAGUAUAUAAGGAUAUGUAAUAUAAAAGUUAGGAUCGUCUUCCUCUUGGGCCUCUUCGGCAAGUAGUCACUCCAGAAAAAAAAAAGAAAAGAAAAUAACAAAAAUCUUUGGAUUUUGGAUCUGAAAUAUAAAAGAAGCCGUAGAAACAAAAUCGAGGUUGGCCAAGUGUAAAAUUUGAGAAGUCCAAAUCGUCAACAAUGGAGCCUAUUUUUUAAGGAUUGUAAGCUUUUUGUAAUUAGUUUCAGUUCGAUUGAAUUAAUAUAAAAGGCAAGCGACCAUACUUUUGUUCAACGUUGAAUGUGUAAUAAAGAUUCGAGAAGAAGACGAAUCUGAUUAGAAUUUUAACCUUUUUCCGUUCGUUUUCGAACCCAUUUCUUCUAAUCAGGCGCGUCUUCUUUCGAUGAACGCAUUCCUCGUUGAACGAACGUCGAUCUUAUUAAGGACAAGAAGAAGAAAAAAAACAAAGUUAUUGACAAAUUCGCGCCGUUGUUACGUGUACAUAUGUAAAUACCGUAAGUUCUUUAGAUUAUAUAUUACGUGUAUCAUAUUACAUAGUCAAACAAAAUACUAUAAAGUGAAUUAGUGCAAAGGGCACAAAUUGUAAUAUUUAAAUUAAUUAGAAAAGAAAAGGAAUGACAUCUGAUUACUAUAAAUUAACAAAUGGUGUGAAGACUAUUACUAUAAUUAUUUAUAAAGAAAGAUUAAGGAUUUAUGAUAGGGUUUAGUAUAUUGUAUUUUACAAAUUUUACUUGAUAAUUAUAUGAUUAAAUCAUUAAAUAUAGUUAUAUAUUAGAGAACAGGAGGCUGCUGAACGCGCUCUACGAAAAGUGAGAAAACUAUGAUUAUAAAGCGAUAUUCAUAUAACACACACACACAUAUACUAGCGAUAUUAAUAUAAUCGGCAAAGUUAAGAGAAGGGAUAUGUGGCGUAACAGAAAUUUUAUUAUAAUCUUGCGUGCAAUGAACUACAUGGUAAUAUGUACGUAUAUGUAUAAUUCAAGAAAAUUUAAGCACGUGCAACCAUAAUGGGACUCUUUUUGUUCCUUAAAAAAAAAUUAAUCGAGCAUGAAUUAUUAAGAAUAUUCGUUAUUAUUAUAUAAAAUGGAUAUGUAGAGGAUAAUAAAAGAUAAUUACGGAUGAGAGAGAGAGAGAAAGAAUAUCGAAAUAUAUUCGUGAAUGAAUGUAAAAGAUUGCUAUUGUUUCAACGAGUGAAACAAAGGAAAGCGAUCGUUUAGGUGUUCUUCUUGUAAAUCGUAAAUCAAGUCAGAUAGAAUCUGCCAUAAUUAAUAUUCUCUAUCAAGAGGAAGGCCUAAACGAAAUUUGGUCGGUAGGUGGUGUUUACUGAACAGAUACAGUCGUUUAAAGAGAAGGUCAUUUUUUUAAACGCAAUUUAUUUUAUAUUAUUAUUUGAUUUCGUCCAGCCUCCUGCUCUUUAAUGCAAUGGCAUGUCUUCAAUGACAUUGCACUUGCAAAAACCAUGUAUCUGUUUAGUUAUCACACAUACGUGCAUACCUAAUAUAAAUAGAAGCUAUAUAAACAAAAAAGAUAUUACAUUAUCUUAGAAUUAGCUGCUUGGGAUAGUUUCCUUUUACUUCGAGAAAACAUUUUAACGACAAAAUGUAAUUAAACGUUUAUACACACGUGCACAUCGUAUAACGUAGUGGAGGAUGUUUUACUACCGCUCAGUUGAUUAUUUUUUACACCUACACGUAUUUUUCGGUUUUAUGCAGUUUAAUAAUACGAUCUAUUGUCUUCUUUUAGAACACAACAUGUCUUUGGACCAUUCGUUCUUAGGGUGCGCUUCAAGGAAAAAUAUCACAUACAUACAUACGUAUAUGCCUGAACUUAUUCACAUAAUUUACGUCAUCAUUGUCGCGUUUAUAAAGCGAAAUUUUUUCAAGUAAAUCUCAAUUGUUGUCCUGUCCUUCAUCGAGAAGCGGUACCUCGAUUAUAUAUACAUAUAUGAUUAUGACUAUUAAGUUCUAUAUAGAUCCAUAUUCCGAUGUCUUACCUUUUCCGAGGUGGAAAGAAAAGAUGUAUCUAAUACGAAUAUUAUAAUACAUAUUGCUAAUAGUCGAAACGUAUUUGCAUUUAGUGAGAUAUUUAAUAUUUCGUGUACGUUGUGAUACCGAGACGCAACGUCGGAGAGAGAUACCCGAUUGUGUAGUCGUCUUUUAUCUGAAUAAUUCAAAUCGCGCGUAGAUUUAUUCGCAUUUAAAUAGUACGUGUUUCCUUGAAACGUAAACCGAAGAAAAAAAGUGUCUUGCUAAGACGAUAGGAAAUGUGGUGCAGUUUAGCUUUUGUUUUGAUAAGGGUCUAGACCAAACGCUAUUAUUAUAUUACAUGUUGUAGCCUAAAUGCAAACAUUUUGUAAUAAAAUUCAAUAUAUUGAAAUAA